AUGUUUGCAAAUCCAGAAGCGAUAAAGCUCAACAUGGAGAUUGACGCGAUGGAGGUGCUUUUCGUGAGCGGUCAGUUGAAGGAGUCGCUUGUUGCCAGUCGAGAAUGGCUCGUGAACCAACUAAAUCUCAAUGUCGACGUGAUCGCUGCCAAGACGAACCUGCCCUUACUUGGGAAAGGGGUGCAUGUGGCCGUGGAUGACUCAGCCUCUGUUCUCGACGACGAGACGGAGCGUGCAAUUGCGGUCUACAUGCAGUCCACAUUUGAGCUCAACGAGCCCGACGAAAUCCUCUUGCUGGCAGAUGCUCUGCGCAUACUCUCCCCGGUUCCUUACCACGUCGGACUGCACUGGGGAUCAUUUCUUGCAGCUAUGGGUUACAAAACUGAAUCUCAAGAACUCUUCACGCGCACCCUGGCGGCCCUCGAGGUGGAUGCCGCACACGACGCUACCAUCGCAUAUCGGAAGUACGAGGAAAUGCUAAUUGCGCUGGUGACGAAAGUUUGGCUCGGCGAAGAAAUGACCAUCUCCACCAACAAACAGACGUUGCUCGAUUUCAUUCAACGUAACACAACCUUGACAGACAAUUCCAAGUCCAAAGUCGUCGACCUCGUGGAGCAGCACAUUCUCAAGCGUCCAUCACACUCGGCACAGGCAGUCACGGACAUUCCUUCGCCACAGACCACUGAUAUUCCCGCGCCAAGGUCGCCUCGGUCCAUCACGCCCCACAACAUUUCCUCCUCUGGCGGUGCCUCCUCGACGUCAUUUCUAGCCGAUCCAACUACCCCCUUGAUCAUUGGUGCUGCAGCUGUCGCAGCCGUGUGUGCGAUCAAGUACCGUUCACAACUGCACACGUCGCUGGGUGAAGUCAUGACAACGCUCCAAGAAGCCAAGGGGUUGUUGUUUGGGUAAAGAUGGACCCAAAAAGAAGUAAAAUAUCAAACCCGACGUCGCUACAUUGCGACGUCGUUUCUCGUGGGGGUUGCGUUGAGGCGUGGGAUCAUGCUUUGCCUCGAUUUGGGCAAUGCACUCGCGACAGGAUGCACCGCACUGCGAAGUUGCUGGUUGCUGGCAAUGCUAAUCCGUCGAGGCCCGUUCUGAAGCAUCUUCAACCUGCGAUUCUCCGCCUCGA